AUGCCUCCCUGGUCAGGGAGUGUCCCAAAUCCUGCAGUCAAAAUCCAGAGCAAUCCGGAACCAUUGGACAAAACGGAUUUGUCACCAUCACCAGAGACCAAAGGGAGCUGUCCUACCAGCGAAAGUCAAAUAAAUGCCACCAAACCGGACAACUCUCUUACAAUAUGGUCGCCUCCAAGAAUGGCCGAAACAACGGCGCCUGCAGAGGGUUCGGAUAGGCAAACAGGAACGACUGAUGACAGAAAUAACAUCGCAAACUCACCCCCAAGUGUCUCAAGCGCGGAGAUAACAACGUCAACGCCAGUAGUUUCUUCACUGGGCAUUCCCUCCCGUGUACCUGACCACGCUGCGCCGUUACCGCUGUUUACGUACCCUGCGUUAAUGGGGACGUACGCGGACUUAGCGUUGGUUCAAGGGUUACCAGCUUUUAUGCAAAGACGACGCAGAAAAGAGAACCGUCAAAGAAGACAGAGGACGACGUUUACGAGCGAGCAGACGCUCAAGCUUGAACUAGAAUACCACCGCACGGAGUACAUCACGCGCCCUAGACGCUUCGAGCUAGCGGAGUUGCUGAGCCUUACUGAGACGCAGAUUAAAAUAUGGUUUCAAAAUAGACGCGCCAAAGACAAGAGAAUUGAGAAAGCUCAAAUGGACCAGCAGAUGAGCUUCAAUAAGUUGAUCAGUACUAUGAAUGACUAUGUUGUUGACUAUGACAGUGCUAUGUUGUAA